AUGGAUGACAAUAUCUGGAAUAAUCCGAUUAAGGAUGAUCAUCUGAAUGAAACGUUUAAUAAUAUUGAUUUGAAAAUUGCGGGCCUUACAAUAGAUCGUACUCCAAGUCCCAAUAAUGAGUUCACUGACAAGAACAACGAUUUUUUCAGAAAUUCAAUAAUAAAUGAUGAUGACAAUAAAGCAACAAGGAAUACAGACUUCAUGCUUGCUAAUGAAAGCACAUCAAACAACGCAUAUUCCAAUACUGCUAACACACCAAGUUUAGACGCUUACAAUGAGAGCCUCUUUAAUUUCAACAAGUUAGUAAAAUAUCAGUACAUUGAAUUUUCUGAUUAUGAUAUUCCUGAAAUCUUAGAUUAUUUAGUAUCGUUACCAAUGAAGAAACCACAUGUAACUACUUAUCCGGCAGGGGUAUUGUAUCAAUGUAUUAGAUACGCUGACCAUAAGAAAAACUCUCCAAAUUUGGUUAAAUCUUUGACAAAUCUUUCCUUCACCAAGAUCCUGGCGUCAAUCAAAAAUUACAACAAUUUAGAUUCAGAUGAUGUUGACACAAAUCUUGUAGAAUCUCAGGGGGAUAUCGUUAAGCAAUCUUACUGGAUUGGUUCCUUGACAUUUUUAUACUAUUAUCUCACAAAGGAUGAAUCAUUCUUUAAAAGAUAUCCAUCGUUGUUACAGGAACUAAUAAAUACAUUGCAUUCGUUAAUUGUAGAAUUAACGACAUCCAUACAUUCAAGAUUGAAUCCAUUAAUCGAACCUACGUUAUUGGAUUACACAACUAUCAAAGAUGUCAAAGAUACUCUUUACAAGAAAGAUUGGAAUUUUUUCAAGAAGAGAAAACAAGCUAAAUUGUUACUAAAAGAACAAAGAAUAAAAUUAAAAAGACAGCAAGAAUUGAAUGCUUUGAAAAGCAAAAAAUCGCAUUCAAGUACGACUGAUGAAGAACAAGAAAAUGAACGCGACAGUGAAUCCAACUUUUCUAAUCAAUUAUUUUAUGACAAUGACAUUCUACAACAUUUAUUACCACCUUCACUAGAGGAACAAAUGAAGCCAUCUCCACUAAAAAUAGUUCAAAUUUUUGGUGCGUUAAAUUACGUUUUAAAUCUGCAUCAAAUCCAUCCACUCUUUCAACAGCAAUGCCUAUCGAUCUCCAUAAAUUGGUUCUCUACAAGUUUAUUCAAUAAAAUUUUGAGAAAUAAGAGGGGUAAAUAUUUGACUAGAGCAAGAGCCAUUCAAAUAAGACUAAAUUUAUCAAGUUUUGAAGCAUGGAUACAAAAUAAUGACUUGGUAGUUAAAAAACCAAAAUUAAUUGAUGAUUUCAUGUGGGAGAGAUUUCCACACACAUUAAUCGAAGAGUUAUCACAGAUUAAUUUGAAUGAACCUAUAUUAAAAAAUGUUACAAGUUAUAAACCAGUUCCUGACGCAAAUAAAAAAAUUAUAGACGAUUUCACUAAUUCAUUGUUCUAUUACCAACCGCUUCAUAAAAUUUCGUCUUUACACCUAGAACCUGUACUUGAACUACUUCAGUGGUUGCAAAUCAGCACUACAAUAGAUAGUGAAGAAUCUCUAGAAAACACACUUGCGUUACUGCCAAGACUGUCGAAUUAUCAGCUUGUAAAAAUAAUUGAAAAUUAUAGCUACGAGAUCAAUGAACAAAAAUUUAGUAGUAAACUUAAAAAAACUUUAAAGAGUAGAAUCAGCAAAACUGAACACAAUCAAUAUUUCACCCAGGAGAACCAAAUCCCAGUUUUAACACUACCAACCGUCACAGAGGUCACAGAUUUGUAUUCGCAAGAUAUUGAGUUUUUACCAAUUUUAUCAGAUGAUAUCCAAGAUAAGUUAUACGAAAUCCAUGAUUAUAACUUCAAGUUACGUAUGAAUAGUGAAGAUCAACAGAUAUUGGGAACUGAAACUGAAAUGGAACAAUCUGAAGACACUGAAGAUAACGAUGAUGAUAACGAAACGGAAAAUGGCAACGUAGAAGAAAACACAGGGAAUACCGCCGAUAGGAAUAACAUUUUUAAUGAAGUGGAUGCACCCUCUGCAACGGCGCACGGACCAAACUGGGCCUCUACGAAUAUCUCAUCUGCACUAGAUGAUGAAAUUGAAGCAAAUCCUUGGUGA